AUGCCGAUCAACACACUCUUGGGUAUCAACUUUGCAUUCUCCAGUCGUGGAUUACUCGAAUGUCCUGAAGACUAUUACCAAGUAGAGUUCUCAUCCACAUGCGCUAAAGUUUGCCCGCCGGAUGCGCCUUUGAACUUCCGGAACUUAUGCCAGACGUUUUGCCCAUAUGGGUAUGAAUACUCACAAGAUUCAAGGGACACUACAACAUGUAGUAAUUGGACAGAACUAUCAGAAUUCAAUUCCUCAAACCGCUGCCAAGUGAAUUCUUGCCCGAGUGUUAAGCCGUUAUGUUACGGCAAGAAGUGUCUUUCCGAUUGUCCGAAUGGUACUAUUACAGAAGAGGGAAAUUGUUCGUUUAAUUGUUCCAAUGACUCUAGAUUUAUUUUAGAUGACUCUUGUGUGUCGAUUUGUCCUACAGAAAAGCCAUAUGACGAAUACGGACAUUGUGUAUCAGCAUGCUCGCCCGAGUAUUUCAUGUACAAGCGAAAGUGUAUGAAAUCAUGCCCUCGUCAGACACACCAUUAUAAUAAUACAUGCGUUGAAACAUGUCCAACGGAGGCUUCAAAGUCUCUCCAAGCCUGGAACAUAACAUUUUGCGUCACUUCCUGUCCAAGCUUUACAUCCGUUAAUGAAAGUCAGUGUGAAGUGGAGUGUCCAAUUGGAAAAGACUAUCUGUGGAACAAUUCAUGUGUCAAUAAAUGUCCAGAGUUGUCUCCUCUUGUGUAUGUCCUGACCCGCCGCGUUCCGCCAUAUAAAAUACCAAUAUGUACUCCAAAGUGUCCCCCUGAAUUUUAUCUCCAAGGAAACCAUUGUGUACCAAACUGCACAUUCUCACAAUAUCACAUGAAUUUUACAUGUGUAUCAGAAUGUUCAUUAUCGCACCCAUAUUUCACAGGAACAGUACCUCCUUUCCAAUGUGUCAGGGAUUGUGAAAUUGAUCAGAUGCGAUAUGAAAACCACUGUGUUAACAAAUGUCCAACAGAUCAGUUUAUAUUUAAUAAAACAUGUGUUGAUGACUGUCCAGUAACACACAAUUACAAAGUCAACCAAACCUGUCUGUCGCGCUGUCCGCCGUCAAUGGUAUUGUAUAAUGGGUCCUGUCUACUCACGUGUCCAGCCGAUGCUGUGUAUCUAUAUGAAGGACAGUGUCAUUCUGAAUGUCCAGUCACGCAUCCAUCUCAUCACCAUGCAGAGAAUGGAGUAGUGGUAUGUCAACCCACCUCUCAUUGCCCUAAAGGAGAAUUCUCUUGGAAUAAUAACUGUUUUUAUCAAUGUCCAGAUUACACGGUUUUUAUCAAUUCAACGUGUCUGACACAAUGCCCUUUGUCUCACCAGUUUAAAUACCGAAGUGACAAUCAUCGAUCUCUUUUGUCAUUUGAAUGUGUUGCGGAAUGUCCGGAGAAUACAUUUAUGAAGGAGGAAUAUUGCUACGACCAUUGCGAUUCUUCAUUGGUAGGGUUCUCUGGUAACCAUACUUGUUUAGAGCGUUGUCCUGAUUCAGAUCACUGGCGUUCUGUUACAAAAACAAUUACCAACCAAUUAGCCUUCACGUGUGCUUCUAAUUGUUCUUCUCCGCGAUUGAUUUAUGAAGAUCAAUGUCUUCUUACAUGUCCUAACUCGAAACCAUUCACUGUGAAUCAAACUUGUUCUGAGAAAUGCCCAAACAAUGCAAGUUUGAUAUUACCGUUCGAAAAUGGUAUGAAAUGUUUGAAGACUUGUCCCGAUACACAUAUACAGGAUGAUGAUACAUGUGUGUUGAAAUGUUCUCCAGGUAAAGUGAUAAUUGACAACACGUGCGUGGAUGUAAAAUUCUGCGUCAAUGAGUACCAAUUUAUUGAGUAUUCGCAACAUGGUACUAUAUGCCGGAAGCGGUGUUUGGACAACCAGUUUGUUGAUAACAUCCGGUGUGUGACGUCAUGUCCACAAUUUUCUGUCGGUAAAUAUUGUGUUGCCAAGUGUCCAAGCUUCCAAAAAUUUACACGAGUUCAUAAUUCAACAGACGAACAUGCUGCCAAAAUAUGUUACGAAGAAUGCCCAAGAAAAACAUACGCGAACGGAACCAAAUGUAUAGACAUUGAUUGUCCAAUGAAAUACUUGGGUGACACUAGAAAAUGUGUUUCAGCGUGUACGGUCUCCCAUCCGUAUCUACAAGACAUUGAUAUGUGUGUUAACAAAUGUUCCAACGGCUAUGUCAUCACCACUGACAACAGAUGCAUACAACAACAACAAUGCUUAGAGGAGGCAGGAUUCUUUGUGUACGGAGGACAGUGCAUUAACUCGUGUCCUGCUGGCACCUAUGCUAAUUAUUUCAAUAACAGUUGUAUUUUAUCUAGCGUUGUGUAUCUGAUGAUAUUAGCCUCAGUAAUUUGUACUAUUUUGGUAACUGCCGGAGCCGUUUGGCUCUAUUACUACAGAAAGAAAAAGUAUUGCAAGAACUGUUUCUCAAAAACACAGGAGCAUUGUGUUGGUGACACUCCGCUGUUAACAGAAGACGUACUGUCUGAGGGAUAUGCCUUAACAGAUCUAGCCAAUGACCCUCCAAGCAAGACGGAUGUGGUUUCCUGA